UUUGCACUCUGGCAAAGUCCUCUUUGAAGCUGCUUUCUUCCCAGCUCUUCCUCUGACUUGGCUCCUCAGUUUUUGUUAAGACAAAGAAAUAUUUUAGACAUGGCUCCAGAGAUCCAGAUGUCAGAACCCAUGUGCCUCAUUGAGAACAAUGAGGAACAGCUAGUGGUCAAUCAGGAAGCUCUGAAGAUUCUGUCUGCCAUCACACAGCCGGUGGUAGUGGUGGCCAUCGUGGGCCUUUAUCGUACAGGCAAAUCCUACCUGAUGAACAAGUUGGCUGGGAAGGAGAAAGGCUUUUCUGUGGGAUCCACUGUGCAGUCUCACACCAAGGGGAUCUGGAUGUGGUGUGUGCCUCACCCCCAGAAGCCAGACCACACCCUAGUUCUGCUUGACACUGAGGGCCUGGGAGAUACCGAGAAGAUUAAUAAAAACAAUGAUACUCAGAUCUUCGCACUGGUAAUCCUUCUCAGUAGCACCAUUGUAUACAACACCAUGAGCAAAAUUGACCAGGGGGCUAUCGACCUACUGCACAAUGUGACAGAAAUGACAGAUCUUCUCCGGACAAGAAACUCCUCUGACCUUAAUGAAAGUGAAGAAGCGGCUGACGUGAGCUUCUUUCCAGACUUGGUGUGGACUCUGAGAGAUUUCUACCUGAGUCUGGAAACAGAUGGGCAUGCCAUCACAUUAGAUGAGUAUCUGGAGAAUUCGCUGAAGCUGAAACAAGGUAAUGAUGAAAGAACUGAAAUAUUCAAUCUGCCACGACUAUGCAUACAGAAGUUCUUCCCGGUGAAGAAAUGCUUUGCUUUUGAUUUCCCCACUAAGAGAAAUAAACUUUCCCAGCUUCAAACACUCAAUAGUGAUGAGCUGAGUCCUGAAUUUGUGCAGGAGUUGUCAGAAUUCUGUUCUCACAUCUUCAUACAUUCGAAGACCAAGUCUCUCCCAGGAGGCAUCCAAGUCAAUGGACCUUGUCUAGAAAGCUUGGUGCUGACCUACGUCGAUGCCAUCAAUAGUGGUGCUCUGCCCUGCAUACAGAAUGCAGUGGUAGCCUUGGCCCAGAGAGAGAACUCUGCUGCAUUGCAAAAGGCUGUCACCCACUAUGACCAGCAGAUGAGCCAGAGGGUGAAGCUGCCCACAGAGACCCUUCAGGAGCUGCUGGACCUGCACAGGACCUGUGGGAACGAAGCCAUGGAAAUCUUCAAGAAGCAUUCUUUCAAGGAUGAGGACCAAUGUUUCCAGAAGGAGUUGGAGACCUUACUAAGUGGAAAGCAGAAUGAGAUUUGUAAGAAGAAUGAGGAAGCCUCUGCAGAACACUGCUCAACCCUACUUCAGAGUAUUUUUAAGCCUCUGGAACGAGGAGUGGCACAGGGGAUCUAUGCUAAACCAGGAGGCCACAGUCUUUUCCUUCAGAAGAUGGAACAGCUGAAGGCACAGUAUCGUCAGCAGCCAGGGAAGGGAAUACAGGCUGAGGAAGAGCUUCAGAAGUAUUUGAAGACCAAAGAACAACUGAGCAAUACAAUUCUACAAACAGACCAGGUUCUCACAGCCAAGGAGAUUGCGAGGAAAGCUGAAGAAGAAAGAGCAGCGGCUGCCAGGGCUGAAGCAAAGAGGUUGGAGACAAUUCGAAUCCAGGAAGAACAAAAGAGAGCAGAGCAGGAGAGACUGCAUCAAGAGAAACUGAGGCAAAUGGAGAUUGACAGAGCAAACUUCCAGGCAGAGCAAGAGAGGAUCAGGGCACAGAGGGUCCAGAAAGAGAUUGAGAGGAUCAAGGCAGAACAAGACGCUCAACUCAGACAAAUCAAUGAACAGCUUCAAAAAGCAAGAGAAACGGUCUAUCACCCACGACCACAUAAUGAAUGUAUAUUAAUCUAACCACCAAAGGAAGGACUUCCUUUCCUUGCUGCUUCUCAUUGAAGACACAAAGGAGCGAGAGACUAAAGGACUCGAGACAAUCCAGUAGUUAUAAAACCCAAUGCCCCUGUCUAACUGUCGUAUUUGUCUUAAGGUAUUUUACG